CAGCCCCCCAAACUCACCAAAUCGGCCAAACAGGCACUGAUCGUCACCCACCUCCGACAGACCGGCACCUGCCACACCCUCAAGGAGCUGGAGAAGACCCUCCCCGGCGUGGCCUCGAUCCACGGACUGCAGGUCAAAGAAUACCUGCAGGAGCUGGCGGACGAGGGGCGCGUGCGGGUGGAGAAGAUCGGCAGUGGGAACUGGUACUGGUGCUUUGGGGCGGACGAGGUGCGGGAGCGCGAGGAGAGGGUGCGCGGGUUGCUGGGGGAGGUGGAACGGUUGGAGAGGGGGAUUGGGGAGAUGGAGGGAAGGGUGGAGGAGUAUGAGAAGGGAGGAGAAGGAGGAGGAGGAGGGUUGGAGGAGGAACGACAAAGGUUGGUGGAGAGGAGGGACGGGCUGGAACGGGAGGUGAAGGGCCUGCAGGCCCAGCUGAGGGGGUUGGAGACGGGGACGGGGAUGGGGAUGGGGCCGCAGGGGAAGAGCGUCAGUCGGCUGAGGGGGGAGAUUGAGGAGGCCAAACAGCGGGCUCAGAUGUGGACGGACAAUAUCUACGUGCUGGAGGGGUAUGUGGGCAGGCUGUCGGGGGGGGAUCGCGAGGUGUUGCGGGCAGUGCAGCGCGAGUGCUAUGGGGAGGAGUUUGUAGAGGAGGAGGGGGGGUUGCGGGAGAUAUUCUGAUGAUCGGAAUAUUGACAGAUUGACA